UCGAGUUUGAUGGCGUCGGCUUCAGCCGGGGCUGGGAGCGGGAUGUCGCUGGCGCAGGAGCUCCGGCGCUGGGCGGCGGAGGAGAUGAAGGUCCCGCUUGACAGGAUCCCUUCCGAGAGCGCCGCCCGACGGAUGUGCUCAGGUCAGUGUGCCGAAAUCUGGAAAUACGUCAUCCGCCAUGUUCGCCACCAGAGGAAUGUAAAGAAGAUACGUGGAAACCUGCUGUGGUAUCGGCAAUUGGAGGAGGCUGAGGGCAAGCCUAUUGGCGCGGAAUCCGAGAAGGAGCGCUGCAAGCAGCUGGUCCGAGGCAUUGCCCACCUGCGGGGGGAGCUGCAGCAGGUCAACCUCCAGAUCGAGUCAGCACAGCGGGAACUUGUGGCUGAUGAGGUCGCCUUGGAGACGGCCCAGGAGAAGAUCCGCGACAUCAAGCAGCGCACCUUGUUGCUCAAGGCUUACUCGACCCGGGUCGCGGUAGAGCGCCAGCAAUUACGUGAGAGGAUAGUGCCCAUCCAGGGGCGUCUGGAGCAGCUGGAGGAGCUGGAAAGGAAGGCCAAGACGGUGGUGGUGUUUGGUGGGAAGGCCCCAGAAUCCGGAUUCCCCAGCUUCGAGCCAGAGGUUCUGCGAGAUGUCCAGGAAGCUUGCCAGCUCCGUUACCGGUUCUUGAAGACCCUCUUUGAGCGCAGUGUAUCUGGGAGUUUUCCCAGCGGGAUGAGCGAGGACCAACUGAGUUCCUCUUACCAGCACUGGCUGAGCUUCGUGGAGACCGUUGUUGGCUCCCACCCACCUGCCCACAUCCUUUCAGCCCUGGAGCACCUGGCUCUUCGGAACACGCAGCAGCUGCAGGAGUUGGCCGACAGCCUCAACAUCCCCCGUGACGUGGAAGCGCUCAAGUUCCGUUAUGACAGAGCCCACCUGGAGGACGUCUCAGACCCAGUGGACAAACUGCCCUCCGUCCGGGGCCUCAUACAGGAGGGCUGGAGCAAGUGUGAGAUGCUCUGCGUGCGGCAGAUCCCGCUGCAUGCCCAGGAGAGGUCCCUUUUGGCCCAGUUGGAAGCCGUUGUCCAGGAGAUGCAUCGUCUGCUGCCCGAUGGCUCUGAGCACUCCAUCCUGGCCAGAGCUGUGUUUGAGCUGGAACUCCGGGCCGUGAGAUUGCGGGGAUACCGGGACGGCUUGGCGCAGGGCUGCCGUGAGCUGGACGAGGUGGUGAAGACCCGACAGGCGGAGCUGCAGGGCUUGCAGGCAAAACGCCAGCGCAUCCUAGACUUCCGCCACCUGGUGAAGGAGAAGCAGCAGCACAUCCGGACCCUCAUCAGGGGCACUUCGUUUAUUAAGUCCCAGCUUCCCAAGGACCAGGCUGAGAUCCAGGACUUCAUAGAGAAGAAACUGCUGCCUCAGGCACAACGGCUGGAGUUGGCAACGCAGCAACUGCGUGACCAGGUGGACCGCACGGUCCGGCAGUUCAGGGCCGUCGCCCUGCCUUGUCUGCUGCGCCGUGAGCUCCCGGGGUCUCAGUGCAUCCCUGCCCAUGAGCUGUCUAUCCACCGCCUGAGCCGCACAGCGCCAGCCGAGUACCGGGCCUUCCUGAACGUGUGCAACGCAGCUGCUUUCCCCCUUUACAAGGCCCCUGAGCAGCUGCUCCCCCACAUGGCGAAGCUGAAGAAGGUGCUCCGUUACCUCCGCGCCCGCCUGGGUUCCAAACAGAGGGCGUUGGGGGGCCUACAGUGCCAGCUGGAGAACGCCCCCGAGCCCAACGUGCAAGCCCUGGUGCGAGAGGUGCAGGCCCACGAUCAGCAGCAGGCCGAGGAGUUGCUGCCCCGGAUCCAGCGGGUGACGGAGCAAUGCAGGAGUCGUAUAGUGCAUUGGCCGGAGGUGCAGGCCAUCGUGGAUGCCUGGUGGGAACAACCGGGACAGUUUGUGCUCCCCGGUGAGCGCCGCCACGGCUUCACGUUGCAGCAGUGGCUGGAACGCUGGACCCUGGCCGCCAAGACCCAGCAGCAGCAGCAGCAGCAGCAGCACAGCUAGGCCUGAGACAAGCACAGGCAAACCCACCCGGCCUAGCUGGAGUGGAUGUCUUAAGGCCGCUUGGCCUCAUUGCUGAAGGGGCAUGGCUCAAGGCUCAGUUAUGCGCUUAGUUCUGCCAGGUUGCUAAGGGAAUUGCAUCUGUAUUGAUGUGAGAGAUUGUUUUCUUUCUGUGUAUGUGUGUGCACGCACACACACACACCCCUCUUUGGGGGAAGUAGCGUUGUAGGCAUGAUUGAUGAGGUAGUAGAAUGUGCCUUCAUUUCCCCCCCUUUUUGAUUCUUUGGAAUAAAUAUAAACACAUCGCUUUCUA